AACCUUAAAUUCUGAUUUAUCGUCCUUCUUUGAGUCAAGGAUGUAACGAUGCGACUGAAAUCCUAAGUUCCUUAUUAACCCUAGUGCAAACAUUUCUGUCCUUGCUCGUUGCCGAAAGAUCCGCAGUGGUUUACGCUUCAUGCGUUUGUGAGACGCGCGCGCCUCAGAGAUCCGCGUGUCAAUCAGCAGAAUUAGCGAGCGGCGCACCGCGCAGGCGUGAUCCAGUCUGAGCCGCGCGAGCUCGAGGCCAGUCGCUUCCGUCUCUUCAGCUCUACCUCUCCCGCCGGACACAUGCACACCGGCCCCCGGCGACCCUCCGCGCCUCUGUCGCACCUGUCCGGCGCGUGAAUGGCCCUCCCGCCAUGGACGAAAUACCGUUCCAGAAAGUCAAGACCCGGCGCAGGAGGAGCCACUGCCCGCCCGGGGUCAUCGCGUGCGAGGACGAGUUCGACUGCAAGGAGCUCGAGUCGCUCUUCCACAACUACAACCUGAAGCUCGACCAGACGUGCACACUGAAGGCUCUGUUCGUGCUCAUCCUGCUGUCGUCCAGUCUGAGCCUGCUGGAGCUGCUGCUGUCCGGCGCCAGCCUGACCAUCGCCAAGGGCUCGUACCCGGUGCACUUCGUCGUCUUCAUCUCGCUCUUCAUCGUCACUAACGUCAAGUACCUGCAGGUGAGCCAGCUGCAGCAGAUCGCGCACUUGAGCCUGCUCUUCUGCUUCACCUGCUCGGUGCUGUGCUGCCCGUUCCCGCACGUGUCGGGCGCCACGGGUCCGGAGCAGGGCGUGUGGCAGCUGCUGUUGCUGACGUUCGUGGCGUACGCGCUGCUGCCGGUGCGGACGCUGCUGGCGGUGCUGUUCGGGCUGCUGGUGUCCGUGUCGCACACCAUCGUCACGGCCACGUCUGUGACGGCGAAGACCCAGCGGCUGUGGAGAGCGCUGGCUGCGAACACACUGCUCUUCACCGGAGUCAAUCUGUCGGGUCUGUUUGUGCGGAUCCUGACGGAAAGAGCGCAGCGCAGAGCCUUCCUUCAGGCCCGAAACUGCAUCGAGGAGAGACUGCGCAUGGAGGACGAGAACGAGAAACAGGAGCGUCUGCUGAUGAGUCUGCUGCCCAGAAACGUGGCCAUGGAGAUGAAGGAGGACUUCCUGAAACCUCCAGAGAGGAUCUUCCACAAGAUCUACAUCCAGCGGCAUGAUAACGUCAGUAUCCUGUUUGCGGAUAUCGUGGGCUUCACGAGUCUGGCGUCGCAGUGCACAGCGCAGGAGCUCGUCAAACUCCUCAACGAGCUCUUCGGCAAGUUUGACGAACUCGCCACGGAGAAUCACUGUCGGCGGAUCAAGAUUCUGGGCGACUGCUACUACUGUGUGUCCGGCCUGACGCAGCCCAAGACGGAUCACGCUCACUGCUGCGUGGAGAUGGGUCUGGACAUGAUCGACACCAUCACGUCGGUGGCUGAAGCUACAGAGGUGGAUCUGAACAUGCGUGUGGGUCUGCACACGGGACGGGUGCUCUGUGGCGUGUUGGGUCUCAGGAAGUGGCAGUAUGACGUGUGGUCGAAUGAUGUGACGCUGGCUAACAUGAUGGAGGCUGGAGGACUGCCGGGGAAGGUGCACAUCACUCGCUCCACGCUGGACUGUCUGAAUGGAGAUUACGAGGUGGAGCCGGGAAACGGCCGAGAGAGACACUCGUUCCUGCUCAAACACGACAUCGAGACCUUCUUCAUAGUGCCAUCUCACCGCAGGAAGAUCUUUCCUGGCCUGAUCCUGUCAGACAUCAAACCUGCCAAAAAGAUGAAGUUUAAGACGGUGUGUUUCUUGCUGGUGCAGCUCAUGCACUGCCGAAAGAUGUUCAAGGCCGAGAUUCCCUUCUCCAGCGUCAUGAACUGUGAGGACGGGGACAAGAGGAGGGUGCUGCGCUCGGCUCCGGAGAAGCUCAGGAACCGGACCUCCACGACGGCUAACACCACCCAGAGCAGCCCGGGGACACGGGUCAACCGCUACAUCAGCCGUCUGAUCGAGGCCCGGCAGAUGGAGUCGGACACGGCUGACCUGCACUGCCUCACGCUCACCUACAGAGACCCGGAGCGAGAGCGCAGGUAUCAUCAGCUGAAUGACGAGUACUUCACCGGCGCUGUGGUUCUGUGUCUCGUCCUCACGGCUCUGAUCGGCGUCCUCUACCUGCUCAUCAUGCCUCAGGGGACGGUCGUGUUGGCGUUGCUGGUCUUCUGCAUCUGUUUUCUGGUCGUGUGUAUCAUAUAUCUGCACAUCACUAGAGUUCAGUGUUUUCCAGGGUGCCUCACCAUACAGAUCCGGACCGUCCUGAGUGUGUUCAUAGUGCUCUUAAUAUACGCCAUGACCCAGGCCUGUGUGGUGGGCUGCAUGCCGUGGCUCUGGCCGUCUAACUCCACGCGCUCCAUCGUGAUCAUCGACGUGUCCGCAGGGCUGAACCGCACCAUGGCGGAGCUGGCGUGUGAAGGAGCGCCGUACGCCCUGCUGUGCUGCAUGCUGGGGACGCUGACCGUGGUGCUGUUCCUGCGAGUGUCCUGGCUGUCCAAACUCUUUCUGCUGCUGCUGCUGCUGCUGCUGUACAUCACCGUGCUGGAGCUCAGCGGAUUCAGACGCUCCUCGGGGACGGUGUUGAUGAGCGCUCGCGGUCUGGAGCCCAUCCUCUCUCUGCUGCUGUUCUCCACCGCUCUCGCCCUUCACUCCAGACAGAUGGAGCUCAAGCUGCGCCUGGACUUCCUCUGGGCCACACAGGCAGAGGAGGAGAGAGACGGCAUGGAGAAAGUCAAACUAGAUAACCGGAGGAUCCUCUUCAACCUGCUGCCGGUUCAUGUGGCUCAACACUUCCUGCAGUCCAACCCCAGAAACAUGGAUCUGUAUUACCAGUCCUACGCUCAGGUUGGGGUGCUGUUCGCUUCCAUCCCCAACUUCAAUGACUUCUACAUCGAGCUGGAUGGAAACAACAUGGGUGUGGAGUGUCUGCGGCUGCUCAACGAGAUCAUCGCCGACUUCGACGAGCUCAUGGACAAAGAGUGUUAUAAAGACAUUGAGAAGAUCAAGACCAUCGGCAGCACGUACAUGGCAGCGGUGGGUUUGGUGCCCACCAUCGGAACCAAGGCAAAGAAAUCCACUACAGAACACCUGAGCACCAUCGCAGACUUCGCCAUCGAGAUGUUUGACGUUCUCGAUGAAAUCAACUAUCAGUCAUAUAACGAUUUUGUCUUGAGAGUGGGUAUUAAUGUGGGUCCGGUGGUGGCCGGGGUCAUCGGGGCCCGCCGGCCGCAGUAUGAUAUCUGGGGGAACACGGUGAACGUGGCCAGCCGCAUGGACAGCACCGGAGUGCCUGGGAAGAUACAGGUGACAGAGGAAGCAUACCGUCUGCUUCAGAACGACUAUGACCUGGUGUGUCGUGGAAAUGUCUGCGUGAAGGGCAAAGGUCAGAUGCUCACCUACUUCCUGGAGGGUAAAGCGCAGGACGCGGGGAACCGAGCGCCGCAUCACACCGGUGGCCUGGAGCGCAGGGUUCACGCCAUCGCCCGCUCCAGCAGCACACACACCAAAGCCGGCAGCACCGCGUCCCUGGCCUCGGGAGUCACUCCUGGGCUCCGGGGACACAGCGCUGCUCAUGUUCCUGCGGUCGGAGGAGAGCAGGAGGGCAAAGGGGGGGAGAUGUAAGACCGGUCGCACACUACACACAAGUAUCACAUCUGCAGGUGGAGAGAAUGAACCGUCUUCCCUUUAUUCACCUUCUCACACACAUGAAUGGAUCUUCACUGCACAUCAGAUCAGUUCUCCUGGAUAAAUUCAGGUACUGUUUUGCUUUUCUUUCCGACUUGACUAAUGGAAUUUGGGUUAGGGAACUCCCUUUCACUUUGAUUCUGCACUGCGUUCAGAGCUUCGCAUGAUCUUCAGCAAUGUGUUUCAUUUCUCAAGUUUUAUGCCAACUUCUUAUAUUUGCUGUAAAUAGUAGAUGUUCUUACGAUCAGAGUUUGUGAAUUUUGUUUUUGAAUUAAAGUCUCCAGUGCAUUUGAAUGAAUGUGAUAGUGUGUGAAUGAGAUACAUUUCUAACACACAGAGCAGCAAUAGAAGCAGGACAUCGUUGCACUAGAUUGUGAUUUCUUAUUUAUUCACUCUCACACACUCUUCAUCUUCAUCAUGUGAAAGAGUCCCGCUCACACGUUUCUAAAGGCUAAGACUGCUGGAGAAAUCAAAGAUCUCUGUCUUGAUGACACAUUCACAACUGUACUCUGAUUUCCCAUAAUAAUCAUCUUAUAAAUAGAUAAGUAUACACUGUUUCAAAGCAGCAUGUGUACAUAGAACAAGAGAAAUCAGGGAGUUUGAUAACAGCCUAAAGAAAGCUUCAUCAUCAUCAUAAUCCUCUGCUGCAGUCACUUUGACAGACUGUUCUGACAUUAUAAGCUACAAUCUGACAUCUAUAUUCAUACACACAGUGGAGCCCAAACAUAGGACACUGCAUUCAGUUUCACAUUUUUGCCAUUUAUUAAAACAAUUUUGUAUUACAACAUAAAAUGUAUGUACAACAUUGUAUUAGCAGAAUCAAAUAGAGUGAAGUACAGUUAUAAUGAAUGGAGUGAAAAGAAAUGAAGAUUGAUGUGAAAGUGUCUCUCAGUAACACUGGAGCUACAUGAACAAAACCUGAUCAUCACGAUCUGAGAUGAGUCACAUAUCAAUCCAGCACAAUCUGAAAAACAGGAAAUGUUUACACAACGUUGGCAAGGUUUUCUCAAAGUCAUGAAAAAAAGCUCUUCCAAUAACAUUAAUAGACCAUUUGUUCGGAGUAAUCUAGUCUUUAAACCUGUCUCUAAAUAUUAUUCAUACAUCAUGAAACAUUUUCUUAAUUUCAUCAUAAUGGGAAUUUUAGCUUGGCUUUGGCUAUUCAUUGAAUGUAACUUUAUUUAAAUGAUUUAAAGGAUAUUUUGAAUCUCAGAUUGAUUGUCAGGUGUGUGAUUAGCAGGGACAAACCUCCACAUGCUGAACAUGUGCCAAGUAUAUCACAUCUCAAUCUGAAGUGCAAUGAUUGGACAUGAUUCUGUCAUCAGCAUUCACUGUAAUAAUAUCAGCAACACAUUCACAUGCAGAUGAAAUGUGACUGAAACUAUCAAAUACUAUAUACUUUAUGCUGUAAGAGAGCUAUGUGCAGAAGUUCAGUCAUGGAUGUUUGACAUGUUACUGAGUUACUGAGGGGGAUGGUUUGUUGUUAACAAGGUCAGUUAUGUGUAGUCUAUGUGUGCACAAGAGUACAGUGACUAUCUACUGACACUGAGGUCAACAGCCCAUCCAUGAGGAACGUCUCGGUUAUGUAUGUAACCCUCGUUCCCUGAAGGAGGGAAUGGAGACAUCAUGUCGGUGACAGACGAAUUGGGAUCUUGUUUCGCGAAACCAAUUUACUUUGAGUGUAAACUAAAUGCAGUUAUUAUAUCCAGCUGCAGCUUAUCAAAGCGUGAGCAUAAAAAGGCAGCAAGUGAGAUGCAUACCAGGUUUUCGCUGAGGAGCGAAGCGGGUGACCCGGCCGUUCAGCAAUGGUACAGCAGCCAUGGCGACGGGUGGUGACAUCUCCAUUACCUCCUACAGGGAACGAGGGUUACCAUACGUAACUGAGACAUUCCCUUUCAGGCGGUCACUGUUGACGUCACGUCAGUGGUUGAUGAUUUGGCAUCCUCUACCAAAGCGCCAUGGAUGCUGCCCCUUCCAGUGUCCUGUGUGAGCCACCUGUACCCCUUUUUGGUGUAGGCCAAGGCUCGCAACAAGAAGACCACAAACCCUUGUCAUAGCACUACCCACUCAAUGAGAUUGGAUAACACUGGGAAAACAUACACGUUCCACUUGGAACAGGGAAACUGCGAAAGCCCCAUCCUUCCUGAAGGAGGGAGCAAAAACGCACAUGAACAUCAUUUUAGGUGCAUAUGGACAAUUGGAGGUGAUUGUAACCCUCUUGGAAAUUGCAGAUUCUGUGUGAAUGUGAAUGGCAUGAAGUGACCUCAGAACCUUCCGACUCCAAAGGAGAAGAUGGCAGCCGAGUUGGGACAUGUGACAGGAGUGCAGAUCACCUUGUCGGUUUAUGCACGCAACGGUCGCUGUGUUGUCCAUUCGGAGCAGCAUGUGCUUGCCUCAUAAGUGCAAUUUGAGACAGGUCAAGACAAGGCACAUUUCUAACAAUUCUAGGAAAUUGAAAUGCCAGUGCAGAUGGGUCCCCAUUCUAUCACAUCCUUUGCCAGUAGGACUGUGAUCUCUGCACCCAAUACAGGAGCAUCAGCUGCUUUCAUUGUAGAGAAGCAGAUGUUGCUAAACUUGGGGGGAUGUUAGGCAAACUGAGUCACAUAGCCAAGGCAGAUGGUCCGCAGAAGCCAGCAAGAUAGGCUGGGUAGCGCUAGCCAGGCACCCAGAAACCAUGCAAAUGGGACCAACCCAUCUGGCCAGUCUGGUACACAGGGACAUCAAGGAACUGAACUUGGUUGGCAUCCCUCAUAUCGACCAGACACAACCAAAGAUGGUGCUCCUGGACAACAAGUGUGGACAUCGGAGGACCCAGAGAACUCGCGGUGACCUUCGUCGCUCAGAGCGUGAGGUCAGUAGCAGUUUGGAGCUCUUUCAGAACUUCCGGAUCGUGACUGUCCUCAUGCAGGUCCUUCAUUGCCUUUGCCUGGUGCACCUGCAGUAUGGCUGUAGCAUAUAAGGUGGAGAAAGCAUCUCCAUAAGCAUUGCCAGAUAGGCCAGGAGAGUACCUACAUACUUGGGAGGGGAGGCACGAUAUGCCCUGCUGGGUGGAGACUAUAUUAGGACACAACUGCAUCGCAACCCCUGUAUACCCCCUUGCUCCACUACCGUCAAGGGUGUUGAGGGAGAAGGAACCAUCAGGCUGGUUUCUGGCAGUAAAAGGUGCCGUCCACGACCUGGUGACUUCCUCAUGCACUUCCAGGAAGAAGGGUAUUAGGGCAUGUGCUGUUAAACCAGUGCGAGCCACCCCGAGAAACCAGUCAUCCAACCUCGAAGGAUCGGGGAGGUUUCCACUUGAGCUCUACCUUCUCAGUGGCCCAGAAAAGCAUAGCUGUCAUGUCUGGAUCCAAUUCAGGCAUUGCCACCAUCCCAAAUGGGGUCAGCACAGCCCUCCGAAUCAGCGGCUGACAUCCUGUUGUCAGGGGGUGGACCAAGGGAUACCACUGAUACGCUCUUAGAAGAGGGCCCAGCAUUUACAUUUACAUUUACAUUUACUCAUUUAGCUGACGCUUUUAUCCAAAGCGACUUACUAUUGCUAUAUAUGUCAGAGGUCGCAUGCCUCUGGAGCAACUAGAGGUUAAGUGUCUUGCUCAGGGACACAUUGGUGUCUCACAGUGGAUUCGAACCCAGGUCUCUCCGACCAAUGGCAUGCGUCUUAUCCACCGCGCCAUCACCACCCCAGCAUGUUCCUUUUGCUGGUCAACUGGAUCAGAAAUGCUAGAGGAGUGGUGGGCCCCGAGGGUUGGUUCCCUGAGGAGUUUGCCACUGCUGUAAUCCUCAAACCACCCAUGCUACUGCUGGAAGUUGCCCUUGCCUGGCACCCGCCAGUACAAGCACUAGAUCGUGGCAGCGUUGAGGAAAUGGAGCCUGGUCCAUAGCUCCAAGAUGGGAACAUGAUUCAUCCGUGAAUGCCACCUCAGUGUGUUUAAUGCCCAGACACAUGAGGCAGCAAUUGUGACCAUUACCCGGCACCAGGUAAUGACCACAUCCUGAAAUGCAUGGGUGAAACAGCAUCUUUAAAAAGAUGGUCCUUUGUCUUUACACAGAAGUAACCGUGAUGCACUUUUAGAGAAAUUGCUCUUUCAGGGAAAAUACUCUUUUAGUGCUGAGGCGCACAGGAGAAAUGGCCACUUGCAGCACAACAGGAGGUAGUGCAGCCUGAAGUGCACAACCCACUCGACACAGGAACGACCAUCACAGAAGCGCCGUAAAACCAUCCACGAGCACGUUGAACUUGUUGAGCAGAAUGAUGUUGUCACUCGUCUCCGAAGUGAAAAGCUGGUAUACAUUGCACCUGCUGCCUUUUUAUGCUCACGCUGUGAUCAACUGUAGCUGGAUGCAAUAAUCGCAUGCCAAUGUGCAUUGGCUCGUUUAGUUUACACUCAAAGUAGAUUGGUCUCUCGAAGCAAGAUCCCAAUUCGUCGAUCACCGAUGUGAAGUAAAGAGUGACCGAUUGAAAGGGAACACUGCUUCACACACUCACUCACACACACACACACACACACACAGACACGCACACACACAUACCGUACAGAUCUCUGUAGACUUGGGCCUGUUUACAAGCACAAAAAUCAUGCUCUCAUUCUGUACAUUUCUGAGACUGUUUGUGGGGAGAAACAAUGACUCUUUCUAUAUUUCUAUGGCAAAUGUUUAUUUUGAUGCUGAUGUUUUGACUGAUGACGCUUAUCUUCAGGGUAUGAAUCGAUCUAUCAAUCGCUCUCUGUACUGUCGAUACAGUAUUCUUGCCUUAUUUGAUGCUUGUGGUGAUUGAAGUCAGUUGCCUUUUAGCUCUUUGAUAUUCAGAAUUGUAUUUUGUAAAUACAGCAAUGUAUGAUAUACUGUCCUUUGAACAGUGUAAACUUGAGCAAUAUAAGAUUUUGUAAUAAAGCGGGUAUUUAAGAACAAUGGUCUAUUGAUUUUCUGUUUGAUUGCAGUAAAUGUGUCAUUUCUGUUUGUGUCCAUGUGCAAUGACUUUUAGUUUGUAGUUUUGCUUUAUUCCUGCUUACCCCUUGAUUUUGCUGGUGCAUAUAGUUAGUCCACUCAACCCCACGUAUACAAGCCCUAUGAUUCCUGUGUUUAUUGUCUGGUCU